CUAAAUUUCCAGGGAGUCAAAUUAUCAUCCGCUUCUCGAGUUUCCACGUCCACCCGACCCCACCAGUCGAUCUCUGCCGUCCGCUCCAAUGUCCUCACUUCAUCACACAAUGUCGUCACCAUCGCAACAUUAUUUCAACUCAUAUAAGCAGCAGAGCGUUUUUACAAUUCCGCAGAAAGAGUUUUGGGAUCGACUGAUCGACGAUGGUGAAAAUCCCGGUGAGGUUCAAGCGAGUGAUGGCGGCGAUGGACGAGGAGGCGCGUGGGCGGGUGUGCGAGAGCAGCGGCAGCGAGCACUCGCCGGCCGUCGAUCUCUCCGAUCUGAUCAAUUCGUUUAUUGAGAGGGACAAUGGGGCGGACGGAGGAGAUCGAGAGGCGGAUGGAAUGGAGAAAUUGGAGAGGGAGGAGUUUGAAUCGGAGCGUGGCGGCGGUGAUUGUUGGUCUGACUCCGAGAGGACCGGGAUUUUGCGGAGUCUGCUGGGGCUCGAGGUGUCGGGACUCGACGAAGAUGCGCGGAGAAAGCUUAGGGCGGAGGUAGAGCUUGCUUUCCGGUACGUGGGAGGGAGCUCGUCGCCGGACUUUAAGCGCCGGUUAAUGGCUCGGUUGCGCGAUAGGGGCUUCGAUGCCGGUCUUUGCAAAUCAAGGUGGGAAAAAACCAGCCGGUUCCCGGCGGGAACCUACGAGUACAUCGACGUAAAUGCCUCCGAAAAGCGAUAUAUCGUCGAAGCCCUUCUCGCUGGAGAAUUCGACAUAGCCCGGCCGACGAGCCAGUACACCGCGAUGCUCAACCUCUUCCCCACCAUCUUCGUCGGCGAAGCAGAUGAUCUCAAGCGCGUUGUGAAGCUGAUGUGCACGGCGAUCCGAGAGUCCAUGAAGAGCGCGGACACGCACGUGCCGCCCUGGAGAAGAAAUGGGUACAUGCAAUCCAAGUGGUCUGGUCCAGUCAAGCGGACGACUAACCCCCUUCCGUCCAGAAAGUCUCCGGAAUCCGAAGACACUUCUGCGGUGAAGCGAUCUGUGGGCUUCGAGGCCUCGCCGGCGGCGGGGGUACCUUAUUACUGCAGAGAUGGUUUUGGGAGGAAAGGGUUCAAUUGAGUGAGAGUUGGGCAUUUGGCAGCCAGCCUUGAAUGAAAAUUAAUUAAGGUAGUGAUAGGAAUCAUUUAAAUUUGUUUGUGUAAAUUUAAAAUAAAUUAAAUAUAAUUUUAUAUUAUAUUUUAUUAAAA